UUGUGAAAGGAAGACAUUUGAAUUUCUCUCGUUCAUGUCAGCAAGAUCGAAGGCCAACCAUUGCCGAUAAGCAAUCCCUGAAUUCUGGUGGUACGCCCCCCAUCCUCAACCACUCAUAUUUCUUUCCCAAUUUUCUUGUUUGGAUUUGGCGGUCUUACUCUUACAUGAGCGUGUUAAGUGAAGAACAACGAAUCAUCAUUCUUCGCCUCCUUACCUAACCUUUCAAACCCAGAAAUGGCUGUUGCUUCCCUAUGCCAAUCCACUAUGAAUUCCCAGGUCAGUGGGUUGAUCGGAGGUCUCACUUUUCAGAAACUAGCCCUCUCUCAACCGACCUCUCUUACCUUUUCGAGGAGAAGCUACAAAAAUGUGGUGAAAGCUUCAGCUCGGGUUGAUAAAUACUCAAAAUCUGAAAUCAUUGUCUCUCCCUCAAUCCUCUCUGCUAACUUUGCCAAAUUGGGAGAGCAGGUCAAAGCUGUGGAACUGGCAGGUUGUGAUUGGAUUCAUGUUGAUGUAAUGGAUGGUCGUUUUGUUCCAAAUAUCACGAUUGGACCUCUUGUUGUCGAUGCUCUACGCCCCGUGACAGAUCUUCCUUUAGAUGUGCAUUUGAUGAUUGUGGAGCCAGAACAGCGUGUGCCAGACUUUAUAAAAGCUGGUGCUGAUAUCGUUAGUGUUCAUUGCGAGCAAUCUUCUACAAUCCAUCUGCAUCGCACCCUUAAUCAAAUAAAAAGUCUUGGAGCUAAAGCUGGAGUGGUUCUAAAUCCUGCUACUUCACUCAGCACAAUAGAAUAUGUUCUUGAUGUGGUUGAUUUGGUCUUAAUUAUGUCGGUAAAUCCUGGUUUUGGUGGGCAAAGCUUUAUUGAGAGCCAAGUAAAGAAAAUCUCAGAAUUAAGAAGAUUAUGUGCUGAAAAGGGAGUUAACCCAUGGAUCGAAGUGGACGGUGGCGUCGGUCCAGCCAAUGCAUAUAAGGUCAUAGAGGCUGGAGCUAAUGCUUUAGUUGCAGGUUCUGCUGUUUUUGGAGCUAAAGAUUAUGCAGAGGCCAUAAAAGGAAUCAAAACGAGCAAAAGGCCCGAGGCAGUUCCAGUGUGAAAGUGACUUGUACAAGAUCUGAGCUGUUUCAAUUAAUAGUAUUGCUGUGUUCUUCAUUGCCACAGAUAAAUCUCCAACUGCAUAGAUAGCAGAACGUUGUGUUCUUCAAGCUCGUCUCAGCUAUGGUUGCCAGCUUCACAGUUUUAUUCCCGUGUGAAAAGAAGCCUGUAGAUUUGUUAUGUACUAUAGCAUCUCAGUAUAAAUUCAAUAAUAUAAACAAAUGACUUGACUUGGAUUCAAGUGAAUAAAAAUUUUAUGAAUCGGGUUA